AUUGCGCGGUCACCUGACUUUCAGCUGAGAGGAGUGUUAUUGUAACCACACCGCCCGAAACGAGUAUGGAAACAUUUUCAGCGUAAAUUACACAUAAUUUAAGAUAAAUAGAUGAAGAUGUCCGUGAAGUUUCUCGUAUUGGUGGCGAUAGCCUCUUCUUCUCAGCUUUUCACUGUUGCUAAGAAUGCUGAUGAAAUUACAUAUUUACCUGGAUUGUUGAAACAGCCAAGUUUUCUUCAUUUCUCUGGUUAUCUUCAAGCAACAGGAACCAAGAUGUUACAUUACUGGUUUGUGGAAUCACAAAACAAGCCAGGGACUGACCCGCUAAUACUUUGGUUGAAUGGUGGUCCUGGUUGUAGUUCAUUAGAUGGUCUGCUUAGUGAGCAUGGUCCAUAUCUUGUCCAGGCUGAUGGUGUAACAUUGAAAUACAAUGAAUAUAGUUGGAAUAUGAGAGCCAAUGUUCUUUAUCUAGAAUCACCAGCUGGUGUGGGAUACUCUUAUUCUGAUGACGGCAAUUACACCACUGAUGAUGACCAGGUUGCUGAUGACAACUACGCAGCUUUGAAAAGCUUCUUCAAGAAAUACCCAUCUUAUGCUGAAAAUCCGCUAUUUAUUUUUGGUGAAAGUUAUGGAGGUGUUUAUGUACCAACACUUGCAGUUAAAGUCAUGGAUGACACUGCUAUGAAAUUACAGGGUUUUGCCGUUGGUAAUGGUCUCACUAGCUAUGAAGACUUAUCCAAUGCACUUGUGUAUUUUGCAUAUUAUCAUGGAUUAUUUGGCACCAGGUAUCUAGAAGUUUAUUUAAUAUCAGAAUU